AUGUCUAUAAAUAUAAUCAAAUCUCAUAAAAUUGAAGUACCCAGGCCAAGAAUAACACAAAAUUAUAGCAGGAAUCAUCUGACAACAACGAAAAUAUUUCGAUGUAUCACACAAUUGUGUAUUUUAAUAGCAAAAAGUUUGGAUGGGUUUAUUAGACUUUUAUAAUAAGCAUGCUAUCAAAAAUCAGAGUAGUGCAUAGAUACUAACUAAGUAGUUUCAACUACAAGAUAACUGAAUACAUAAAGGACUUUGAUGGAAUUCGGAUUCCUAAAUGGAAGAAGCUCUCCUAUAAAAAAGAAUAAAUAGCCUUAGAAGAGUAGAUAAAAAAAUUAUAAAUUUCCGGAGUUAUAGUAUAAAAUAAGGAGAUUAAGUUGUGGAUGUAGUGAAUGUGGGAUGGCGGGACGUAAAAUUAGGAAAUUUCACGAUAUUCUGAUUCCAAAAAUUAAGGAAGUUUAAGAUUAAGAAAGAGUAGGAAAUGGGAAUAAAUUGAGGGGAAUUUUUAGUCAAGUGACUAAGACCGCGAGGAUGUGCAUAAGUUUGAAAACAUUGCAAUCAGAACGAGAAAGGGAGGAGAAAGUAGAGUUUAGUCCUGAGGGGAAGGGAAGUGUUUUUGAUUUUUAAUGUAAGCAGGUGUCUCGAAAGAUUAUUUACUAAAACUAAAUGAAUCAACUACCAUUAAUAAAGAAGCCUCAGAUGAAGGAUUACAUGAGGAAGAUAAACAACCUAAACAACUUAAUUGAAUAGACUCAAUUGAUAACAACUCAGUCUUCCACUUUGAUCAGGAACUCAGCACCAAAUUUAGAUGCAUUCGAAAAGAGACAGAUGGAGAGUCCGAUGUCGAAAAGAGAACAAUCAAUGCAUAGUUCUCGGUAGAAACAAAAUAUUUACUUAUUAAAGACACCUCUGAAUGGAUUGAGUUUAUCGAAGUUCAGCAGAGAGUUUAAAAUAAAAUAAUGA